GUUUAUUGUUGCUAUAGUUAGUGAUUAAAAACUCUGUUAAAGGUCGUCCGUUUUACUUCAUUCGCCUUACCGGAAGUAGUUUUAUUUUGUCGGCUCAACAGUGACGUGGGAAGAUAAACAAACGCAAGAGGCGAGGCAGCUGCGUUCAACCUGUGUCCUCUUGACUUUUCCGUUCAUUUGAUUUCAAUAAUGCAGUCUUCCAAGAGGAGUGAGAGCGACUGGCAGGGACUAGUCAGCGAGUUCCUGGUGUGUAAGCGCAAGCUGGAGAGUAAGAAGGAGGCACUUCUCAUCCUGUCCAAAGAGCUGGAUACCUGUCAGCAGGAGAGAGACCAGUACAAGCUGAUGGCCAACCAGCUGAGAGAGCGCCACCAGGGACUCAAGAAGAAGUACAGGGAACUUAUAGAUGGUGACCCCUCUUUGCCACCAGAAAAACGCAAUCAAGUGAACCUGGGUCAGCUGCUGAGGGACUCCAGGGAGCGAAUAAAACAGCUCACAGAGGAGGUGAAGGACCUCACUCAGAGGCUGGCCGAGGCUCAGGGAGAUAACAAGCUGCUGAGGAUGACCAUCACUCGACAGAGGCUGGGGGAUGAAGAGGUGGGCGUUCGCCACUUCCCGGCCCACGAGCGCGAGAACCUUGUGUCCCAGCUGGAGAGAGCAGGGCGACAGAUGGAGGAGAUGGAGCACACCAUCAAAGCCCUGACAGACGAGCUGCAGGACGUGAAGGCGGAACGCGGCGUGUUCAGGGAGAAGGCGGAGCGGCUAAAUGUUGAGCUUAACCACGUUUUAGGGAACCACGAGUCGCGCAUCAUCGACGUGGACGCACUUUGUAUGGAAAACAGGUAUUUGCACGACCGCCUCACACAGCUGCAGGAGGAGGUGAGCCUGCUGAAAUCAAACAUCAUGAAGUACAAGACGGCCCUGGAGAGGAGGAAAAACUCCGGCACGUAUGGGAGAUCAAACAUCAGCCCUCUUACUGGAGUACUGUCGGCCAAACAAGUCCAGGAGAUGCUCCUGGAGGAGCAGGGCUGCAGCCUGCCUGCCACUCCUCAGUCCAUCUCGGACCUCAAGUCGCUGGCCACCGCUCUGCUGGAGACCAUCCAUGAGAAGAACCUGGUCAUCCAGCACCAAAGACACACCAACAGGAUUCUGGGUAACAGAGUUGCCGAUUUAGAAAGGAAGCUGAAAACCUUGGAGGUGUCAGGAUUGUGGAGUCUACCAGGCCUGACCUACCACGUAUCUGUGGGAAUUGGGAGAACACGAGACAACAUCACACUGAAUGAAAACYUUCAGCCUGAGCUCCGUCCGACACGUGUUGCUUCUUUACCACUCAGAGAUGACAGGAGUCCGCAUGAAUCAUCGUGGGAGCGCCGCACCGCUGGCAGCGACCUUGGCACAGAUGGCGUCGGCAGGGAAGACGCACCUGCACCGCUCAGCGGCCUGGAUCCUCUCGAGGACGAGCCGGAGACGAAUGGGCUCGGGAGGAGAGAGGGAGAAACGGCGACCCCGACGGACGACCCGGAGCCGGGCGYUGGAUACAGUCCGGUGGAGGAGGCGGGGCGGGAGGAGGAAAGGGACGAGGAAGAAGAGCUGAGCUCCACCGUGGAGGAAGGAGAAGAAGCCGUUCUAGCGCUGGACGCUCGUCCCACCGACUGGCUUUCCGUCGAACGGUCUUUAGCCCGCCGCUCAGAAAUGCUUCAUCCACCCUGCCAGGACAGAGAGUUUGAUGAUGGCGAUGACGAAGGCUCUGUUUCAGGUCCAAAGAGCCAAACCGCAGAGGGGUCGAGUGAAACAGAGUGGGACUUUCACUGUCCUCCCACACAAAGGGACAACUUGGCAUGAUCUGAGCUGAUGUCAUUAAAAAAAUCAACUUCCAUCAAUAAAACAGAGAAAACUCUGCUUCAAAACCAAAAAUWAUCCACUUUGAAUUUCCGACCAGCUUGUUCAAAACAGAAAACCUUCAAACCAAUAAAGAUGCAAACUUAAAGCCCUAAAGGGAAAUGAAAAAAUUAGAUGAUAAAACAACAAAUAAAGCAAAACCAACUCUGGGGUCCCAUAUUCUCUUGAUGCUUUCCUCUGCGAAAUGAUAAUCCCGUUUGUUUAUUUUUCAGUUCUUACGUCUAUAAAGUCAAUGCUGCAUUUUGUUGUGACUUCUACAGGAGUGGUCCAAAUUGAUCUGCCAAACAUUUAUGAAUGUCAUCAAGAUUUUUGAAAUAAUAUUGUCACUAAUUAUAUUAAGGACUCACUAUUUAUAAGAUUAAAUCUUUAUUUUCUGUGGUUUUCUAAUAUUUUGUAUGGGGAUGUGAAUACAUGUGCCUUAAACUGUAUGUCAAAGUAAUAAGUUGUGCUAAAAUAAAAGCUAAGAACUGUA